UGGCCUCUUUGCACACUGAACAAGCAGUAUGCAGGUGUCAGAGCGUGAAGGCGGGACCACCACAGGGAAUGGGCUGGAUAGCCCGACAACAUCUGAUUCCCAGCCUGUGCCCCCCUCAUCUCCCAAGCCCCCUUCGUUGGACCUCUUCAAUCUAGUGGUGUCCUACAAGCGGCUUGAGCUGUACCUGGAGCCGCUGCAGGAUAUUUUUGAAGGGGUGUGGUUCCUCCUCAGCUGGCAGAUGCCCGUCUGCUCCCUGCUUACUUGCCUGGGCCUCAACUUUCUGCUGCUGACUUUGAGUGAAGCUGCCUGGUACGGGCUGUGUGCCCUCCUGAUCUCAGUGCCUGCCAUGCUGGGCUACCUACAGGAGACAUGCCGUGUCCGUCUGACUGAAGAAGAGCUGGCACGUCGUAGGUACCACAGCGUGCGGCGUGAGGAUGUCAGAAAAGUUCAGCUGUCACGGCAAGAGGCUGUGGCUGAAGUGAAGGGCUUCCUGAUCCAGUUGGAGACCUUCCUGAGCCGGCUGUGUGGUGGCUGUGAGGCAGCCUACCGCGUCCUCCACUGGGAGAACCCCUCUCUGUCCUCCCAGUUUUAUGGGAUGCUGAUGGGUUCGGUUUGUGCCCUCUACUUGCUGCCCUUGUGCUGGGUCUUCUUUCUUAUCAAUAAUGUCCUUUUCUUGGGCAAUGUGGCAUUUUACCGAGUGGUAUUGGAGUUGAAGUCGGUUGUAGAGCAACGCUUGGGCCUUGCAUCCAUUUCCAGUAGUUCAGAACUUGCAGAGCUGGAUGCAGGAGAAGGUGGGGCUGGAGUCCUGCCAGAUCAGACACCCACACCCACCAGCACGGAGGAUCUGACCCCCGGCAGCGUGGAGGAAGCAGAGGAAGCGGAGCCUGAUGAUGAGUUCAAGGAUGCUAUUGAGGAAGAGGAUGAUGUCUCCCAGCGCUUAAUAGAGUUUGAGCCAGGCCAUUCUGUUAGCACCUUCUUGACCAAGGAUGAUGUGAUUCGCAUAAAGGUAUCACGACUGGCGGAUCGUCUGCGCAAGCGCUACCCGACGAGUAACCUUGGUGCUGGAUUGGGAGCGAACUGUGCCAACUGUUCAGCCACCUUCUCCCUGUUGAAAAAGCGGCGAAACUGCAGUAAUUGCGGGAACAGUUUCUGCAGCAGGUGUUGUUCCUUCAGAGUUCCCAAGAGCUGUAUGGGGGCUACAGCGCCUGAUGCCCAGCGGGAAACAGUCUUUGUGUGUGGACACUGCAACCUGAUGCUCAUCAAGUGAGAAGCCGAU